AUGCUUGUUUCCAGGAAACACGACCCUAAGCAGAACCACUGGUCUAUGAGCAAGUUCGAGGCUCUCUGCCACAGCCAGACCUCCAAUCCACGCAUGUCGCACCACUACGACGCGCCGGUGUCAACGCAGUCCGACUGGCAGGGCCAACAGUACUCUUACCUUCCACCCGGAGACAAUCCUAUCUAUAUUCAGUCCUACAACAAUGGGCAGGCACAUAACAACAAUGCCGCCUUACACGCGCGGCCUCGCAGUGCGGCUGACUCCGGUGGCAUGGACAUAGACAUCAAGUCGGAGGCAGGUACCUUGAGCCCCGCGCUCAGCCAGCGUCGAAGUGAAGACUCGCUGGGCCUACGUGCGCACAAGCAGCCUUCGCCAAUCCCGGAGCAGGAAGAGACCCAGGAGGGACCACACGCACCAAAUACGACAGAGUCUGUGGCUGAGGGAUCUGUAGCCUCGGUUGCUACCUCCGCCAUGUCACGGGGAUCCAAUCUUCUGCGCUCAGCCUCUUCGACUGGCCAGAGCUCAGAGCGGCCUGCCAGUCAGACACGCGAUGACCCAGUCUGUAAGCAAGAGGAGGAUGACGAAUUAAUUGACGAUGAUGACAUGGACGAGGUGGACGUGACGCACGAGAUGACGCCUGCUGAGAGAACAGCAGCAAGGAGGAAAAUGAAGCGCUUCAGGCUCACUCAUCAGCAGACACGAUUCCUCAUGAGCGAGUUUGCGAAACAACCACACCCAGACGCAGCGCACAGGGAGCGCUUGUCGAGGGAAAUUCCUGGACUCAGUCCUCGACAAGUACAAGUCUGGUUCCAAAAUAGGCGAGCAAAGAUCAAGCGCUUGACAGUAGACGACCGAGAGCGCAUGAUCAAGAUGAGAGCUGUGCCAGACGAUUUCGAUAACAUCCAAGCGCUGCAUUCUCCUUACGGUGCCGUUCACGGCCUCAGUACACCCAUGGGAUCUCCUGUUAACUAUGGACCCGGCUCCUACGGCGAACAACUCUUGAGAACAACGCUCGUAGUAGAUGUCAGGCGAGCAGAAGGCGGGGACAGCGUACCAUCUUCGGGACUCAGCCCGGCUUUCGGUGGUAUCGCAUUCCCCACAUCAGCUUCCAUGAGCAACCCUGAUCUCAUGUCACCAAUGUCUCAUGAAUCUAGCGAUCGCUAUGACUACUCUGGCCAUCUGACACCCUUGAGUGCCGGCCCGAGAACAUCCAAUCCCUUUACGCGGCAGUCCAGUCUCGACACAGGCUUGGGGAUCUCCAGUCAUCACUCCCAGCAACCAGUCCGACCUCUGCAGCCUCUGCAACUUCGAGAGACUCUGAACAGGUCCAGAUCCGACACUCUCCAGUCUCCGCUACGGUCUAGCAUGUCAUGGAAAGGAGACUCGAUCGAUUACACUGCCUAUCACGGCGGUGGCGGCAGCCCACAGCCAUUGAGCGGACGGCAGGCGUCUGUCUACCAGCCGACCGAGCCGACUUCGAUGGGAGCUUACGAGCCCAGCAACUAUGCCGGCUCGACUGUGUCGUCCCCUACCCAUAUGGGCUAUCCUAAUUUCUCGUCCAAUUCUUUCCUGAACUCGCAACAGAACCGAUCUCGCCUACGCGCCGCUUCAGCCACACUACCCCUUGGGCUGGACCUGAGUUCCCAGCGCCCCUUCUCUGGCGCUCAGCCUCUCCGGUCAGCGACGUCGCCCACCCACCGACAUGUUUCGGCCACUUCUGCGCCGUACACAACCAGCUUCCCCACUGCUCCUCUGACCGCGCCAAGCGACUUUAACCUCCCGAGAACUCCUAGCUUUCCGGCGAGGCAGCCAGAGUACUCGUUGCCGCAAAUGAGUGCGCCUAUCGCACCAUCAAAUGACUUUUCACAGGCCUUCCAGGCGAGCAUGACCUCGAGUGCCAGAACGCCAAUGAGAGACUCGUUCAUUGAUGGGAUCCUCUAUACGAUUUCAGCAGGCAUCCGUCGAGAUGACAUUGUCAGAUCAGUGUACUGGGUCCACAGCGACUGGCAUAACGCAUCACCACGAACGACAACGUAA